GGGAUACUCCACUGUGUUUUCAUAUUAAACCAUGUUAUUCACUUAACUAAGACGAGUUGAUACAUACCUCUCUCGUCUCAGUGCGUGCACUAUAUCGCUCUGUAUUGCCGCAAAACUGUGUUAGCACUUAGCUUAGCCCAGUGCAUUAAAUAUGGGCCACAAAGAGAAGCCACCAAACACUUCCUCGUUUUCCCUAUUUAAACACAGUUACUCGAGUAGUGUAACUCGACCAAGUCUGGUGACAAAAAAUAAAACGUUGUGUUUUUCUAAGCGUUUAAAGUUGAUGACUAUAUUGUAUGGCGGAAUACCAUCAAAAGUGCUUUUGAGCACGUCUUCGACUUGGCGCAAUAACACCUUCACUCGUGAAAAGUCCUCUUACCGGCUCUCGCUUCCUCUCCUCCUCCCUCUCAUUUCCGUCAAUACAACCAACGUGACAUGCGCCGGUAGUAGUAGUUUGAGCGGAGUUGACGAACUAACAGGUUGUUGGAAGCUAGUUUGUUUGCAGUCAUGGUGAAAACGUGUAUCGUAAAAGGUUGUGAAAAUAAGGAGAAUGUACACAGUGCUGUCAUUUUUCAUCGUGUUCCAACACAUCACAUACAGCGGAGAGCUUGGUUAGCUGCUUUGAACAAGAAUCCCAAAACACCAUUGCUGACUAUAAAAAAGUGGCGUGUUUGCUCCGAUCAUUUCACCAAGGAGGACUAUACCAGCACAGGAAGACUUUUAAAGGAAGAGGCUACACCAUCAAUAUUCAGAACACUUACCCAAGAAAGAGGAUCAUCACCCAACCCUGCAGAGUUGAGUGAUGUACAGGAAGAUCUGCCAGAACAGGAGGAAAACUUUUUUGUUGGUGUACUUCAAUCAACCCCCCAGAAGCACAGAGCUGAAGAGCCUACUGCUGCAUUUAAAGUCCCCUUGUCUGUACAGCUAACCAGUCCUUUACGUUCAGGAAAACCAGCUGUUGCCCUGGCUCCCACAUGGACCGUACAAUCAGAAACACACCACAUAGAAGGUACUGUGAUGGAUAUUAGUGCAACUUCAUUGUUUGAUGUCAGCAUGAUUUCCGAGCCUGCUGUUGAUACCGCUGACACCAGCUUUGUGCCAAAUUCAAGCCCCUCCACCACCACCACAGGAAGUUCUUCAAGCAUCUAUGGACAAGCCAGAGGUUGGAAGGAGAGGAAGUGGGUUGUAAAUGAGUCCAAACUCAUGGAACUCUUUCAGAAAUGUACUACCUGUGGUGCUGCGAUGUGUGAGCUGAACCACACAGUAACACAUCGCGGCAGUAGAAUAAAUAUAAAUUGGCAAUGCAACAAUGGCCAUUUGGGACAAUGGGAAUCAUGUCCCAAUAUACGUGGAAUGGCAGAAAACAACCUUUUUGCAGCAGCUGCCACUCUCUUUACUGGCUCAACGUACACUGAUAUAGCUGACUGGGCUGGACUUUUCAACCUGCAGUUGCCACUGGAGUCAACUUAUUACAGCAUACAGGCUAGCUACCUGCUCCCAGUGAUUGAGAAAUCAUACACAAAACAGGAGAAUAUAGUCAAAGCAAGAUUAAUUUGCCAAAGUGAAGAUGGAGAUGGAGUGCAUCUAAGUGGAGACGGCAGAAGUGACAGCCCCGGACACUCCAGUAAAUACAACACAUAUUCUUUUAUGGAUGACUCCACCAACCAGAUCGUGGGGUUUGAGUUGAUGCAGGUUUCCCAGGCUUCAAGUUCAGUCGCAAUGGAACCACUGGCCUUCAAGAAAGCCCUGGAGAAGAUCCUGGAUGAGGGCAUUGAUGUAAAAGUGGUCACCACAGACCGUCAUCCGUCCAUAAGGAAAAUUAUGCGAGAAGAAUAUCCCUCUAUAAUUCAUCAGUUUGAUCCGUGGCAUGUUGCCAAAGGAUUUAAAAAAAAAAUGGUUGCCGCAUCCAACAGAAAAGAAUAUAAGGAUCUUUCUCCUUGGGUCAGGAGUGUCAGCAACCAUAUGUGGUGGAGCUGUUGCACCUCCAAAGGAGAUGCACAGGAGCUGCUCCGACGAUGGAUGUCUCUCCAACACCACAUCACUGGGAUCCAUCGCUGGGAAGAAAACGGAAUGGAAUACAGAUGUUUCCAUCAGGAAUUGUCAGCAGAGGAGCAAAGAACAAAGAGGUGGCUAAAAGGGAAUUCCCCUGCCUUCAAAGCCCUUCAAACAAUGAUUACGGACACACGUCUAAUAAAAGACCUACAACAGAUGACACUGUUCAAACACACAGGACAACUUGAGGUCUUUCACAAUGCACUUUUGAAGUACUGUCCAAAGCGACUUCAUUUUCAAUACCCUUCAAUGAAGGCACGCACUAUGCUAGCCAUUAUGGAUCACAAUGAGAAUCACUCCACAAAGCGGGAACAGGCAACAACAGCCUCCGGCCUCACAAGACACAAUGUUGUCUUUCAAAAGCAAUCAAAGCAGUGGAUUGCUAGACCAAUAUAUGUGAAAACAACUCAAAAUUUCCGAGAUGAUCUCAUGGACAGAGUGAUCCAAAGAAGACUAGACCCCACAAUCAGAUUCAAAGACCCAUCAUCCCGUAUCCAAGUGCCUCGCCUAGCUGCCAACAUUGCAUUGCAAACAAAGCCCAGCAAAGAGGAGGUCAUACAGUCACACACAUCGAGAUUCAAAGGUCCAUCGGAGCCAUUGUAACUUUUACAGCUGACAUGAAAAGAAAACAUGUGCCAUUGAAAAAACAAAGAAGGGGACUUUUUCUUGCAUAGCAAGUGUAGAAGGCAAAUGUUAUUUAUUAUAGUUAAUAUUUUUGUUGUUAUAUUUUGUUUUAUUAUUGUCCAAAUUUGUGACUUCACUAAUGUUUGAAUAAAUCUGUCCAAACAACUUUUGACUAUAGAACACAUGGCCUAUCAAAUUUAAUUGGUGUUUUAAUUGAAAAAAAAUCCUGGAUGUUGCGUG